AUGUCUACGUUCCAACGCAAAACCAUUCGCCCUGAUCGACUUUUAAGUAUCGUCAACGCUGCUCUUACAAUUGCAGCUCUUGUUUAUGGUUCAUUGUCUGCUGGAAACAUCCCCUGGGUUGGAUUUACAGAUACGCCAUGGCAGGGGCCACAUGGUCAUACCCAAAAAGGAUUUGCGACCUAUUGCACUGAUUACCUUGGAGUGAGUGACGCUAUGAUUACCUUUAAGCGUUGUUGGUUGCAAAAUGGUACAUGGUUGGGUCUAGUUAUUACGGCAGCGUUAUGGUGUGCACUCGCCUUGUAUGUGUAUAUCCAGACAUCAUCCAUGAUCUUUCGACGAGACGAAUUUGCACUUGUUACAACAACAUCCUCACUCACAGCUCUUGAUGACCAUCCUCCGCAAGCCGCCAUCUCAUCACCAAGUGAAGAAGCAGCCCGCCAUUUUGAAACGACAAUGCCUCUUGCCACUAAUGCCGCUGAAACAAAUAUGACCCAUCCCAUUCGCCCAGUGACAUACAACAAUGCUUAUGAUUCAUUUGAUGCCUCCCGAUAUCCAAGCCAUUACAGCUUUCAUGACAUGCAACCUUAUAUUCCUCAUUUGCAGGGUCGACAAAUGUCUGGAUCCUUUGACUACAGCAAUGCUUCCAGUGCAAGCAACUCAUUGUAUCAUAACGUCCCGCCAUAUGGGCAUUACAGCAAUUAUGAAGAAAAAGUGGCUGUAUCAACCCCACCAUCCGAGCACUCGGUAUCUGAGCCUCCCCAUUCACAUGAUGGUGCAAAGGUCUAA